AUGGCUUUACCCGCUCCACUGAGAGCUGUGCAGCACCACCUCCGGACCGCACAGGAGCAUGAGCAGCGGGAUCCAGUCGUGGCUUAUUACUGUCGGCUGUACGCCAUGCAGACAGGGAUGAAGCUGGACAGUAAGACUCCGGAGUGCAGACAGUUCCUGAUCAAGCUCAUGGACCAGCUGGAGACGAUGAAAAAGGAUUUAAAAAAUGAAGACUCGAUAACUCAGGAGGUGGUGGGGAAUGCUCAUAUCGAAAACUAUGCCUUAAAGAUGUUUCUAUAUGCUGACAACGAAGACCGAAACGGACGCUUCCACAAGAAUAUGAUUAAGUCCUUCUACACUGCAAGUCUCCUGAUUGAUGUCCUUUCUGUGUUUGGGGAACUAACAGAAGAGAACAUCCAGCACAGGAAAUAUGCGCGCUGGAAGGCCACGUACAUCCACAACUGCCUGAAGAACGGAGAGACGCCCCAGUCCGGACCUAUUGGCUUGGAAGAGGAGGAGGAGGAGGAGGAGGAGGAUGAGGAAGCAGGUGGACAAGGAGCCUCUGGAUUCUCAGGCCCCGGUUCCUCGCAAUAUGGCUCGUUCAGAGGUGGAGCUCCUUCACAGAACUUUGAGGACCAGGGCUUCGGAGCAGGCCCCAGUGGGGGUGCAGGAGCACAUGCACCGGCCAACACUCCUGCUGAGCUGCACCAGCUUCCAGAGCCUCAAAAACCUGUGCCUACACCUCGAGCCAUGCCUGCGGUCGACCCCGGUCUCCUCAAUGCCCAGCCACAAGCGGGACUCCGGCUGAAAGAGCAUGAUGAGCCUCCCGCCACGGACGUAGUGCAAUAA